AUACUCAAACGUGAUUGGCCACAUUCCCGAUUGCGUGUACGAACGCGGAAGUGAGUCGUCUCUGUGAUGUGAUGUGAACAAGAUGAUCGGAGAUCUGUUGAUAUUCGGGACCUUACUGGUGAAUGCAGGAGCUGUGCUGAACUUCAAGCUUAAAAGGAAGGAGUCCCAAGGAUUUGGAGAUGAGUCCAGAUCACCGACAACAGGGGACAACAUCAGAGAAUUUCUGCUCAGCCUGCGAUACUUUCGGAUCUUCAUCGCCCUGUGGAACAUCUUCAUGAUGUUCUGCAUGAUCCUAUUGUUUGGAUCGUGAUCAACGUUUGUGGCGACUGGACUUCCACCAGGAUGCUCACUUUACAAUAUGGAUGCUAAUAACCUUCUCCUUAAUGGGACUUUGCUGUUCUUUCGGUGCUUUUAACUGUAAUUAUGUUCCAUUUUCUUUACGACCCCAAAAACCGAAAAUAUAUAUAAAUACGUCUGGCUGGAAUUUAUGAAUCGCUGUAUUUAUUUAGUCAUGUUACAUUUCUACCCUUUUAGUUUAACCUGUAACUGCCCCACAACCCCUGCCUUUCCUGGAUGUGUGUUGUCUUGUGCCCCUUAGCUAUUUCCUCCAGCAUGUCAGUUUGUUCAUUAAAGAAGCAACAGGUUUGAAAACGAUGGCCAGCCGUCUCUAACAGGAUAGAAAAUGUUUCUCUGUGGCUUAUUACCUGCGUGUCAUCAUCUGCUCUGCCCUCUAAAACCUCACAUAUCAUCUUGCUUACAUUUCCUUUUAUCCCUUUUACUUGCACAGCCGUCACAGCUCAGCUGUAUUCAACAGACAACUCAAGGUGGUUGCGGUCAUUUAAGGAACUCUCCAUCUCCUCUGUUGGUGAUAAACGGCACAAACAUCUGCAGAUUUACUCAUCAGAUGUUCGGCUCUACGUGUGUCGGUACAGAAUAUUAAAACAAUGUCAUUUUUCCUGCUGUGGGGCCACAUGUGCUGUUAGUAUAUGUAUAUGCACUAUAUUGUAAAUGUGUCCUUAUUCUUAACAAUAAAAAUACAUUUUUCUUA